UCUGGAGCCUCAAGGACAAGGCAGUCAGAUGUCAGAGACGAAGACAGCAAGGUCCCAUAUCUGGAGCUCCCAAAGGACCCCGCCCAGCUGAAAGCGUUGCCAACAGGUUUCCAUGCUAUGACUGAGGAAGAGCAACAGGAAGAACUUUGGAUAGUGCAUGCAGAACAGCACAUGGGCCGGGAAUGGGACUUGCCAGACCCCGGCAAGCACACGCCGUAUACGCACGACUACCCGCCUUACUCGCCGUCCAAGGUUAUCGGCAUGUUGUACCGUUGGCGCAACAGGGCAUGGACCCCUCGGCAAUAUCGCCUGGCGCGUGCCAUUGCUAGCAAUAGAAGCCUGCGCCUCCCUGUGCUGACAGCGCAGGCAUGGCUUCGGCGUCACACACUCCUGGCUCGCCGGCGCGGCGUGGAGCUGAAGAUGGAGCGAUAUCUUGGCAGUACUGAAGGAUGGAAGAUGCGGCUCGCUGAGCUUGAGAGCCAGACUGGUGUCUCCGAGGCGGACAUCAAGCAAUGGCUUUGGAUCCUCGCCCCGAAGAACGGGGACGUGAAGAUCCAGCGGUUUCUCAACAGUAACUGCCGCAAGCCACUGUUCCUGCUCCACCUGUUGUUGGCCAAGGACAAGAGGAUACAGGAGCCCGCCACGUUUCUGGGACUGCUCCAGUUCAUCCGAGACAACUACGUCCUCGCCGACCGGCCGCGGGAUGAGCUGGACCACUCAGCGUACAAGGCUCAGGGGCGCGCGAUGACCUGGCUGCAUUUCCUUGUUUUUCUUUACCGCCUCGUGUACCAUUGUCGCGAAGGAUGGCCUGCGGCAAUGCCCCUCCUGGCACGCCUGGCUGCCGACUACAUCGGCACGAUGCGCCUCGACACAAAUGCGCGGGCAUUGACGGGCUAUCAAGCUCGGUCGCUCGUGUUGAACAAGGUUCUCUACUACUUAUCAUGGCCAGCACGUGUCCGUCCCAUCGAUCACAUGGAGCACAAUUGGGCGGCGCAAAGACACCUUCUGCGGCUCGCUGCGACAGCCGAGCCCCCCCUCGUGAUGGAUCAGAACGGCUACCGCGCCGUGAGGACUGUCCUGAUCGCGCUAAGCAAGACCAAAGGCGAGGCGAAGAACGCAGAUCGGGCUGCCAAGACCUGGCCGCCGUAUCGGCGGACAUUGGAUGGAAUAGACGAGCGUCGUGACCCUCAGGAUGAUCUCAGCAGGAGUGCCAAGGCGGGCAUGCUCGUUCGCGCAGCGGGCUACAGCGAUGACACUGUCGAUCGAGCCAUAAGUGCACUGGGUGGAUCGACAUUUGGACAAGCACCCACGAUACAGACACGAGCCUUGCCUCCACCUUUUUUCUCGGGCGCGUGGGCUAGCCGAAAUAUCUUCUCCGAGUGGGCCGCUCAAGUGAGGGCAACGAGGAACGCCCGGGAAGCCUGGAUUGUGUUUGAGAACCCGCCAGAGCCGAACAUCAGGCCAAACGCCCAAGUGUACGCCGAGAUGUUCGAGAAGCUCUAUGCGCGUCUGGUCACAGAGUCGCCAGUGAUCCGGCCAGGGGAUGUCAGAGAGGCGUUCCCCGUCUACGAUACGAAUCUCAGUGGAUUUGAGAUUGCUAGACUUACGCCUCCAAGCCCCGAGGAGCUAUACGAACACAUGCUGCUGCGGGAUAACAUCAGGCCGGUCGGUUUUUGUCUCGUGGUUCUCAUCCGGAACGCCCCAUCCAGGACGGCCGCACUUCGGUACCUGAACGAUAGCCCCUACCAGCGUUCCAUCCGUGCCCUGCGCGAACCAGUAUGGAAGGCAGGCGCUGAGAGCCUCAAGGAACUGUCUGGACUUCCCUCUCCCGUCUUCAACGCCUGGAUCACCCUGUUAUGCCGACUCCACGAAAGAGCGCCGCGGGAAGACAGCGCCAGCGGCAUGACUGAACAGGAGCGCCGGACUCGAGAAGUGUCCCGGGGCGGUUCGAUACCGGAGGCCAUCUCGCUUGCCACGGCAUUCCAGUUGCACAAUAUAAAGGCGGCUAACCACGACAAAGCCCCGUGGCACACGAUCAUGCAGGCCCUGGCAGGGCGUAAAAUCCUCUACAGCCGCCUAGGGGCCGAGUUCAACGUGCUGGAGACGUUGAUGACCUUCUUGAAAAUCUACGAGCAGACAGUUGCCUCCAAGGGCGGCGAUCCGGUGUCCUUUGAAGCACUCUGCCUCAUGAUCCGUAAGGCACUGAAGUUGAGCACAUUCCAGAGGUCCAACGAGGGAGAGAUGGUCCUGCGCCCGCAUAUCGUGGGUAGCGACGUACUCCAGAAGAUGCUCGUUAAAGCACAUCGUUAUGCAGUACGAAUGUUUGCAGAGCUUACCGAACCUGUCGCUGCGGCCGAGGGUAACGAUCCACGAGACAACCUCCUCAAUGGGCCCGCCAAUGGUGCGGAAGGGGAGAACUGGGUGAGUGCGACGAUGCUCCGCUACAAUGUCGCCGGGCGGCCGAUCUACCGGUACAUGAUGGCGCUGGCGUGCUGCGGCGACCACACGGAAAUGGUGCGGCUGAUGGACUGGAUCCUCGACGGGUGGGACCGUGACUUCAUCCGCGAGGAGGCCAAGGCGCCACACAACCUGGACUACCAUUACAUGGUGCGGACGAUUGCCUACUUUGCCGAGAUGGGCAAGCAGCUGGUCGAACCGGCCGAGAUGGACCGGCUCCAGCAGCGGCUCGAAGAUCUCCGAGGGGACAAGGGCUGCACCUGGUUCUGGCCAAGGGAGGGCUUGUCCGGGCCGGGGCAAGACGCGCUCCUGGAGCUCGAUACGGACCUAACUCUGGUCGAGCGCUGGACUCUGGAGGCUCUUUCGGACACGCCGGCCGAAUUUCGAGCUUCGCGGAGUAGAAACAUCUGUGUCGAACUGCCAAGGUCGACGCUAGUUCACCCAAAGUCACAGUAUGAAGGGUUCACGCCGCCUCUACCGCUCAACAAGGAACGGGACGCCGUGGCCUCGUUGAUGCGCCUCGUCCAAAAGCGAGGAAGUAAGACCAAGCAGGGCUGGACCGAGUUCGAGCUGGAGGAUUUCAGCUUUUACAUUAAUGCGAAGUACUAUCCUUUCGAGAUGCGGCCGCUCCAGUAUAUGGCUGCCAGGAAGGGGUACGAUCGGUUCUACUUCGACGGCGUACUUAGCAUGGACGGGGUCAAACAUUAUGUCCAGAACGUGGAGGUCUUGGAGUUACCAAUUGGUAACUACGGCAGCUCCUACGCCACAGUCCAGGGCCAGGUCUGGGUCCGAUCCAGAUUCAACAGCAACAAGGAGGUAUACUACCGCCUCGGCAGGCCGAGGGACGAGUAUGCCAGGUUCUACUCGCCGUUUCUGUGGAUUGCUGACCUGGCGAAGCAUGUCGUCGACUACUCGGCUGCCGUCAUCGAAAAACGCGGCCAAGUCGGGCUGAACUCCUUCAAAGAGGACUUCAACCGCUGGCUACUUAAGACCCAUGGGAAAUCAUCGGAAUUCCACAAAUGGCGGCGCAAGCGCUCAAGCGAUGACUACCGUACAUCGAUCAAGGUUGGCGACACUAUUUCAACCCCCCGCGAUCGCAUGGGGGAGACGGAUACGGAAUGGCGUAAGAUGGUGUCCAAAGGAGCGACAGACGACGACAGAUGGUUCGGCCUUGUGCAAAACGUCCAUGUUGGCGAGGACAAGUCACGCAGCUUCGAUGUCACCUGGUUCUACCGGCCGGCCGAAACACCCUGUUGCAUGAUGAAAUAUCCGUGGCCGAGGGAGCUGUUCCUUUCCGACAACUGCACUUGCGAGGGGAAGAAGCGUGUGAAGGAGCACCAGGUUCUGAAUGUGCUCGACAUUGAUUGGUUCGGCACACCCAACAGCGGCAGUGGAGAGUUCUUCGUGCGACAGACCUAUAUCACUGAACCAGGUGCCUGCCGAUGGAUUACGCUACGGAAGUCCCAUAUGAGAUGCUCCCACGGUCGGGAGCGGCUCGGAUUCAGGACUGGCGACACCGUUCUCGCCACACUUUCUGAGCCCCGGGAUUUCAGCGACCCGUACGAGGUGGUCAAGAUCUUUAAGCAGGGCACCACCACGUUCGUACGCCUGCGGAGACUGCUGCGUCGGACGCAGGUUGAACAACAUUUAGAUGCGGCCCCUAAUGAGCUAGUGUAUACCGAUCAGCUCGUCGUAGCUAAGGCAGACAGGGUGACUGGGAAAUGCGUUGUCCGCUUCUUCCGGCCAGGGCAACCCAUUCCAACCCCUUACGACAGGGGAGGCACCGGCAACCUCUUUUAUAUUACCUACCGGCUCGAUAGCCAGGACAAUAGCGUUCCUAUUAGCACCAGAUGCGUGCCGUUUGAGGGCGACUUCCCGCCUUCGCUACGGCAAGGAUUCGACCCCGCCAAGCCGUUCCAAAAGCUUAGGGGAAUGGAUUUAUUCUGUGGGAGCGGCAACUUCGGCCGGGGGCUUGAAGAAGGUGGUGCGGUCGAUAUGCUCUGGGCGAACGAUAUCUGGGACAGGGCAAUUCACACGUACAUGGCAAACAGCCCAAAUCCAGAAUCUACGAAGCCCUUUUUGGGGUCGGUUGACGACCUGCUCCGGCUAGCCCUUGAAGGGAAAUACGCCGAUAAUAUCCCUUGUCCAGGGGAAGUCGACUUUAUCUUAGCUGGGAGCCCCUGUCCGGGAUUCUCUCUUCUUACUCAAGACAAGACGACGUUGGCGCAGGUUAAGAACCAGUCUCUCGUGGCAUCCUUCGCGUCGUUUGUCGAUUUCUACCGACCCAAGUAUGGCAUCCUAGAGAACGUCUCAUCCAUCGUACAGGCAUGCCAUAACCAGUCCGAAGACGUCUUGUCGCAGCUCUUCUGCGCCAUCGUAGGCAUGGGCUACCAGGCGCAGCUUAUCCUCGGCGACGCCUGGUCCCACGGCGCCCCGCAGUCACGUACCCGUAUCUUCCUAUACUUCGCUGCGCCGGGGCUUCAGCUCCCGGAAGCGCCGCUCCCGUCACACUCGCAUUUGCCUACAGUCAAAAACCGCAACCUCGGCAAGAUGUGCAACGGUCAAGGUAUCGUUAGGCGCUCCUUCGAGCCCACCCCGUUUAAAUUCGUAUCUGCGGCCGAGGCCACAUCCAACCUUCCACCCAUCGGCGACGGCAAAGCCGAGCCCGCCGUCGCCUCCUUUCCAGACCACCGAGUAUGCGGCGGGCUUACAUCCAACACGUCCACGUCGCCAGGAGACUCAGCCGGACUCCGACACCAGAUCGCGUGUAUCCCGACCCACCCGUACAGUAUGUCUUUCGCCAAAGCCUGGCACAAAAUGGGCGUUAUGACCCCCGCCGACCGUGCGCUCUUCCCCCAAAAAGGCUUCCGCGUGGAGUGGCCUGAAUCUAGAGGGUGGAGCCGCGUUAAGCCGAACGAUGUCUUCUCGACUGUCACUACUACUUGCGCGCCGACGGAUGCUAGGGCCGGCACAUGGCUGCACUGGUCUGAGGAUCGGCCGAUCACUGUGCAGGAGGCCCGGAGAGCGCAGGGGUUUCCCGAUAGGGAGGUGCUGCUAGGCACCCUGGCCGAUCAGUGGAAGCUCGUGGGAAACAGCGUCGCGAGGCAGAUGGCGCUAGCGCUUGGCUUGAAGUUCCGCGAGGCCUGGGUUGGGAGUUUGUACGAGGACAUGUCCGGGAAGAGUGAAAGGGGUAUGUCGGAGAGCGUGGUGGAGACGACGUCCACGGCAGAAAACGGCAGCUACCGUCACAUCGUCGACCUCACCUCGGCUUCGCGGUCAGUCAGUCCCGACAAGACGAUUAAUGGUGUACGGGACACGACAACGCCGGCGUCGGUCGCCAGCAAGUCAGCCCAAGUUGCGCGGAUGAAGAAGCGUCAGCUGUCACAGUCACUACAGCGAGAGGAGAUGGAAGAGGAGGAGCGCUCGCCUAAAGUUCUACGACUGGACAGCGCGGAUUCAAUUCCGGCCGCGACGAAUCAGAUGGCAGAGGAGUCGGUUGAUGGUAUCGGUGGAUCUCUGAACUGGGUUCCGAUGACAGAGCCUACGCCAUCUCCAGAGGCGGAGGGAGUCAUGCCCGUCCCGGCCGGGCUGACGAUUGUUCGGCUCUCAACACCGGAGGAUGUGGGGGCCUAG